AGUCUUGAUUUUGUUGGACUACGACAGUCGCUCACAGUCAGGAUGGCAGCUGACACGACCUCUAAAGUGAAAAUCCUCCUUGAGGUAUGCGUUGAUUCUGUUGAAUCAGCUCUGGCAGCAGUUCGCGGAGGAGCAGAUAGACUAGAGGUAUGUGGGAACUUGGGUUUUGGAGGUGGGACGACGCCCAGCAUCGGAUUGCUCAGAAGUAUUCAAAGUGCUACUCCUGGUAUUCCCAUCAUGGCCAUGGUUCGUCCUCGAGUUGGAGAUUUUCUCUAUUCUACGUCCGAAAUUGAGGUCAUGUUGGAGGAUAUACGGGCUUUCAAACGACAUAGCGUGCAAGGAGUUGUCUUUGGUGUUUUGACUGAGGAAGGCAGCAUUGAUGUUGAGAAGACUAAACUGUUAGUAGGAGAAGCGUCGCCCCUUGAAGUCUGCUUUCACAGAGCAUUCGAUUUGACCGGUGAUGUGUACCGAGCUUUUGGAGAUAUCCUUUCCAUUUCAGGGAUAACGAGGAUCCUAACAAGUGGUCAGGGAGUAUCAGCACCAGCUUCGUUAGAAGUCUUGGCAUCCCUGAUGCAAAGCGCCAAAAGCCAAUCCGAGACCCCCGGUUUACGACAACUUAGAAUCCUUCCCGGUUCGGGUAUAAACGCAUCCAGUAUUAAGAAGGUCUGCGAUGUUUUACUGCCACAAGGAUUACGCGAGGUGCAUCUCAGCGGCGGACAAUGGAUAGAUGGCAACAUGGCUUUUAGACCAGGGGGCAUGGGCAUGGGAGCCGGUGGUGAUAGAGAAUGGGCUAUAUGGAGGACAAGCGAGGAGUCCGUACAAGCAGUUAGGACGUUUCUCGAUUCGUUGUGACCACCAGCCUGUUCGGGGAUCAGUACACGCGCCUCUCUUGCGUCUU